AUGCCUCCCAAAGCUCACCGCGCUGGCGCAACGGGCCUCCCUCGUACACACUCCCGUUCAUCGUCGGGAGGCUCCUCCAAAGCAGCACUGAACCUUCACUUCACGCAGAAGGAUCCUGCUCCAGUGAAGCAAGCCGAAAGAACGAAGAAAAACGGCUUAGUUCAUGACUCGCAUUCAAGAAAUACUUCGCCGUAUCCUCCUCGAGUAAAUAGCUCGACACAUCUUGCUUCAAGGGAGCAGCUACCAGUUCAAACACAGCGGCAUGUACCUCCCUCAAACCAGCGGCAGGCAACGACAACUGGCAAACCUAAAGCUGGAUUUACUAUCGCUAGCCAAAGUGCGGAUGAAGACGAUGAGUGGAUCUCUAGCGAGAGUGGGGCAGCGACUCCGAGCAGUGUGAGCUCCGACAGUGGCAGGUCCCGGACACCGGUCGAGACGCACAAACAUUCGCUCCCCGCGGCUCCGCCCAUUGAUGAACUCAUACAUCGACCGGAAACUCCAAGAGCACAACCACCUUCUAUGUCACGGGUGCCUACCAUCCGUCCCCCCGAUGCACCAGCUCGAGCACAUCUAGUGAAACAGUCCAAUCUCUCUCAGCACCCUUCUCCUGAGCGCCGUAUCAUGGAGACUCGUUCAGAGAACACCUCGCCUAUUCAUCGCUCACUCACACGCCCACCAUCUACUCAUUCGACAACAAGCAGAAAUGAUGCACCAUUACGCCCACAUCCACUCAUCCGAGGUCAGUCAUAUGGCCAUGCAGCUCCAGUGACACCACGGAUGGUGCCUCUCGCUCCACUCACCAUCACAUCUGAAGCUGCUCCAGCGCACAUAUCCGGUACUCAGACCUAUGAUAUGGAGGAUAGAAUAUGCACUUCGCCAUCUAGUAUCAAGACUGCGCAUGCUCUACCACCUAAUCGCAGGACAUCAAUAUCAUCCGCACGUUCGGUGGUCACUCUUCCGAGUCAAGCACAUAUCCAACCACUCCAAUUCAAGGUUGUACACGACCGCACUCGUACCCUGUCAUCCAUGUCAUCAACUUCAUCGAGCUCUGUACAAGCGUUGUCAUCACUUGCACAACUUCCCACCACCCCUCUGUACACCAACCUUGAAACUGUGCACCCGCUACUCCCACCACCCUACCUUAGUGCACACGUGUCCAUCCUUGCGCACCGAAGUCCGUUGAGGGAGUCGUAUGAUAGAGUUAUUGCCGCCAAGGAGCAACAACGACGCGGAGAGAGAGUUUGAGGCGCCCAUACUGGUGCUUUUGGAUCUUAACUGACUGGUGGAAUGUCCGUGAUACGUCUCCUCGAUCACCCUCAUUUAUUAAACUGAGCGAUAUUUCAGAUCUAUACAUACCAUUAUUAUCUAUUUUUCUUUCGUCAUUGCACCCGACUUGUGUACCGUUGUGGACAAUACGAUACCAUUUACUGUCCCAGUGUACUCAAAGCUAUCAUUUGGCGUCUUUAUUUCUUUAGAGUCAUGGCCAUGUUCAUUGUCCAGAUGAUCUCUUGUCAUCGCAAUAGCAUUGAACCUGAGUGCGCUUAGUAUUGCAAGGCAAUCUGAAUCCUAUGUAGAACACCUGGCCUAAGUAGUCGUCUUCCUCGAAGAUAGCAUUAUAGUUUUAAUGGUAUGAGGACUAUGCUACUAAGUAGUAGGCUACACACUCAAACAAUGUGAC